GUUGAAGUUGUUAGUGUUGAAAUGUUAUAGAAAUAUUGGUGGAACACAAAGGCGUUUUCAGGUAAUGCUCUCACAUUAAUGUUAUUCAAGAAGCUACGAAAAUCAUGAACCUUUUUGUUUUCUAAAUUUAUUCCUAAUAUAUAUUAAUUCGUAUCGAAGAAAAUAAGUAAUCAGCAAGCUGAUAUUAGUUUUUUCUUUCGGUAUGUGUGUGAUUAAACAGGUGAUGAGGCGGCAUUUUAUUAAAUAAACGUUAGUAACGCAGUUUUAUCCUACACUUCGACACCUACUUCCAGUAAACGAUAUGGCCCGUUUCCUAGGGCAAAACUGAAACGAAGUGUCUACAUUGAAUUCAUUCAAAUGAAUUAAAGCAGACACCUCGACUCUGUUCAAAAUAAAUAUUACGCAUUUUUUUUGAGUCAUACAAGUUUCCUGUGGUAUAGGCUAGUCCACUUACAUAUAUUUCGAGAUGACCUUGCUUCUGAACCUUAGGGGUUAAGAUUAAAUUAAACCCUCUUUUUCAGCGGAGUUUGCUGGGAACUAGGUUUAGGGCUGAGACUACAAUAGCGAAUCAUACAGCCAUGAGAUAUUUCAUUAACAUGUUUAAGUUGAAGUAAUAGCUUGUCUGGGCGUCCUUAUCAUCAGCAAACUAUUAGGCGAAAAAGAAUCAGAGGGUUGAGGCGUUAAACAAAAAUAUUUGGCUAGUAGGGGUUGAAACGAAGUAAACAUAACCAAUACACACGCUGAUUUAAUCAUACUUUAAAUAUAUUUAAAUAUAACAAUAGUACACUUAAACUCGUAUAUAUAUAUAUAUAUAUAUAUAUAUACAGUGUUAUGAUGUUUACUUGUAGAAAGCUAUUAGUGAGCUACUAAUAUGGCACGUUUUAAGCGGUGGAUGUAACGAGCAAAAUGCGAGUGAAAACGUCAAAUAAUCAGAAAAUAUGCUGUGUCCAUUCAAUUUGCAGCUGAACAAAAAGGUGUGAGUGAGCCAAGCAAAGAAUAAAAGGUGUUGGUGUCUCAGUGUUGGUGAACGAUGGUGAUGCUGUUUUUCGACUUGUGGUCUCGAUGUUGAUGGCCGAAUUGUUGUAGAUCCUCAUAGUGCACCGUGUACUGCUAUAACUUAACCGUGUGUAUAAAGUGCUGUCGGGAGGAAAUAUCGUUAUUUAAAUAUUCUGUAUAUGUGAUUGAACUAAGGUAAUCGAGGCAACGUAGUUUACUGAUUAGAUGGUUGUGUUGACCUCGAAGCGAAUUUUGUUGGACUCUAUCGAUAACUGAAGUGACAUCCUCGGCAUGGGGUCCAGUAACGACGCGGAGAUACCGUCGUUCAGUAACGGCCACAGUUUCAUUGCAUUUCGCCAGCCCGCGUUGCAUUAUAAAAAACCAUUUUUGAUCGGAGUCGCUGGCGGCACAGCGUCAGGAAAGACAACAGUAUGUAAGCGCAUCGUCGAAAAACUCGGUCAAAACACUGUGGACGCAAAAAAGAGACAAGUUGUUGUUAUCAGCCUUGACUCGUUUUACAGGGAAGUCGAUAGGAGUGUCGUGCCAAGAAACUACAACUUCGACCAUCCUAAUGCGAUCGAUGAGGAGCUUCUUCUUCAAACACUACGUGACAUUAAAGCUGAACGAGCAGUUAAGAUACCCAUUUACGAUUAUCAGAACAACUGCCGGAAAAAGGGUGAAGUUCACACAAUUCACCCAGCCGAUGUAUACCUUGUUGAAGGAAUCCUUAUCUUUUAUUUUCCUCAGGUUCGAGAAAUGUUCGAUAUGAAGCUGUUCGUUGACACUGAUCCUGAUACUCGGUUAUCUCGUCGUGUACUUCGCGACACCCACGAAUGGAAGCGAGACCUCGAGACGGUGUUACAUCAAUAUACGACAUAUGUUAAACCAGCCUUUGAAGAGUUCUGUCUUCCCACAAAAAAAUACGCAGAUGUGAUUAUUCCCAGGGGAGCUGAUAACGAAGUGGCCAUUGAUUUGAUCGCGAAGCAUAUUCAAGAGCUUCUCAAUAAGUGAGUCAGUUUUUAACAGGGAAAACCAGCGCGAGUCAAACGAGAACUUGGACCAAAUAAAUUUAAACUAGUCCUCCAUGUUCAGAUUCAUUGCAGUUGAAGAUAUAAAACAUGACAUAAUAAAGGAGAAGUACUGUUCUAUCCGACAAGAA